UGCUCCGGGUAUAUCCUCCGCGGGGGCUCUGAGGGAGCUGCGCUGCACUGCGAGCCGAGCUAAACUAACUACUGAACAUGGACAACCGCGGCUACGGAUCCGGUUUCUCUGGCUGGGGUGGUGGAGGAUCCUCCAACAGGGGUUCCAGCAACUAUGACAUGUACGGCUACAAGGACUCCCUGUCCGGAGGUGGCUUCGGAGGUGGAGGGUAUGGUGGGCGAGAUCAGAUGAAGAGGGGUUCUCUUCUUUCCACCGGGACAAAUGCAGAUGCUGUAAUUGCAAAAAUCAACCAGCGACUUGACAUGCUCACCCAGCUGGAGGGAGGCAUGAAAGGAGGGGGUCGCAACGACCGGUUUGACCAGUACGAGUCUUUCGACUCGCGCUCCUCCGCCCUUGGCCCCCGCGAUCUCUACAGAUCCGGUAACUAUGGUUAUGGGGACUCCCGGGGCGACAUGAUGGCCCCGCGUGGAGGCAUGGGCUUCGGGGGGAUGGGCGGAGCAGGAGGUGGCGGUGGCUUUGACAGCUCUGCCUCCUACGGAUCCGCCAAAAUGCGGCAGGCACGAGACGCCUUCUCAGGCUCCGGCUGGGGGGCGGGACAAAGGUCCCCGCGCAGAGGUGGAGCGCCAGGGGGGCGCGGCUUUGGCCGUAGGCAAGAGCACUCAAUGGGGGGUGGAGGUGGGCGGAGCGGGGGGCAAGGCCACUCCCCCUCAGGACGAGGCAAGCUGCCGUCGCUCCUGACCUCCCGCAUGUACCCCGACAGCGGGUACCAGCCUCAGCAUGGCUCCCAGGACUAUCCUGUCCGGCACUUUGGAGGGGGCCCAAGGGCCAACCGACAACGCACCCACAAGAGACCCCUCAACCGACAGCAGGUGAAACCUCAGCGCGAUGGACAGAAGAAGAGGAAACAGACCCUGACGGCAUCUGAUGAGCCCGAGUCUAAAAUGGGCAAGACUGAAACCACCGGCGAGGACAAGACCGAGACAGCCGAGGGGACAGAGGAGAAAAAGGAAGGCGGAGCUUCAGCUGCGGAUUCUGAAGCCGGGGCUGAUGGAGCGAGUGGUGAUGCUAAACCCGGCCCGUCCGAUAAAGAGGAGGGCGCUCAGCCGAAGUCCAAGCAGCAGGGGAAACACACUCCGCCCUCUGCAGCCAAACUCAGGAAGAGGCGGGGCUUCUUUGAAAGGUCAGGGGUCAAAGUCUCUACACAAAGGCUGACCUUCGCUUGCUCCAUCUGUAAGUUCCGCUCGUUCUACAGCGAGGACAUGGAGGCCCACCUGGAGAGCAAGUUCCACAAAGAUCACUUCAAGUUCCUCUCCAACCAGCUCUCCAAACCCACCACCGACUUCCUGCAGGAGUAUCUGAAUAAUAAGUAUAAGAAGACGGCUCAGAGAGUCUCUCAGAUGGAGAAUCACAGCGCUGCCAUCUGCCAGGUCUACAAAGAACAGGACCAGACCAGAGAGAUCGGUAUGGAGCACUUCAUGAAGAAGGUGGAGGCUGCGUACUGCGCUGCCUGUGAUCUCUACAUCCCAAUGAAUUCAGUCCUCUCCAGACAUCUCAAAUCACCUGACCACAACUAUAACCGCAAGGCUAUGAUGGAGCAGUCGAAGAGAUCCUGUCUGUCUGUCGCUCGGAGCAUCCUCAACCACAAGGUCAUCGGCAAGAAGCUGGAGAGCUUCCUAAAGGGUGAAAACCCCUUCAUCGGUAACCAGGACGACCAGGACCCAGAGGACUCCAUGGUGAUGGAGGUUACAGAGGGCGACGCAGCCAAUGAGAGCCUGACGGAGGAGAAUAAAGUAGAGGAGGAGGAGCCUGCUGCAGAGGAGGAGGAGCCUGGUGCAGAGGCAGUGGGGAACGGGGAGAACCAUGAGGAUGAAAAUGAGGAGAAGGAGAUGAAGAUGGAGGAAGGAGACGGAGGAGUGGAGCUGGGUGGAGAGGAGGAGGAGGAGGAGGAAGGGGUGGAGGGCGUGGAGGUGGGGGAGGAGGAGCUUCUGGAGGGGGAUGGUGAUGCUGAAGCCCAGCCGGAGGGGGCGGAGUGAAGAUUGUGUGCGCUGGCACGGGAUUGGCUGGACUUUGGGGGCGGGGGGAGACUCUGCGAGCGAGCUUCUCUAAUCUAGAUUAAAUAUGUAAUAUUUCGUAUUGUGAGAUCGUGAACAUUAACAAUAAAUCUGCCCUGUUUUUACGUGUUAAAUCGUCCUAUCUCAAGAAACUUUCACCGUAGUUACGGAUUUCUUUGCAUGUUUUGCCGGCGGGUGGGCGAUACGGCAGAAACGUAGCGUUGCGAACAUGAUGAUGAUGAUGAUGAUGAUGAUAUUUUACAAAAUGAAAUUUUUCUGUCUGAUUGGUGGAGUGCCUGUGCAAAAAUUAAUAUAAUACUUAAAAUCUGUUUUCACCCUGUCACACAUUGUUCAGAUGUUAAAUCCAAAAUAAACAUCUUAAAAUUAUCAUUUUCUUCUAUGUAUUGACAGUCGUCACAAAAAGUAACAUUGUAUCUCCAUUUGUUGUCGUCUUUUUUUUUUUUUUUUUUUUUUUUUUUUUUUUUUUUUUUUUUUUUUGGACAAUGUGUCAGUUCUCUGUAUUGUAUCAGAAUUUCAUGAUUAAUGGACCAAUAGAAAUGCUCAAAAAUGACUUGGAAUUAAAUCUUUUUACAUCAA